AAAAAUAUAUGCGCAGUCCUUUUUCUAUAACCUGUAUCUGCAUUCGCAUGUGACUCAAAAAAUAAUCCGUGUAUUAUUGUUUACAUCUGAAUAAUAAGGUGCUAAAAUUGGUUUCCAAGAUGGAUCUUGAAACAAAUAAGAAAGAUGCGGUGCGAAAACCAUCGAAGCCAAAAAUUGGCAAUCUUGAAAGAGCUAGCAAAAUUGUGCAAAAAAUUUUGAAGAAAAAGAAAACAGAAGCUAAAGCUGCCAAGAAAGAGAAAACAAAGUUAAUAAAACGUAAAUCUAAUCAAUUGAAAAACCGAGUGCACAAACCGAAACGUAAAGGUAUAGUUUAUGUAGGACACAUACCUCAUGGAUUUUAUGAAGAACAAAUGAAAAAAUAUUUUAAACAGAUUGGGAAAGUAACACGAGUACGAGUGGUACGAUCUAGAAGAACUGGGAAAAGUCGUGGAUAUGGUUAUGUAGAAUUUCUUAAUCCAGACAUUGCUCAAGUUGCAGCAGAGACUAUGAACAAUUAUCUCAUGUGUAACCGAUUAUUGAAAACUACAUAUAUUUCACCUGAGAAGCAACAUCUUGGAUUUUUCUCGGGAAAAAAUUGGUCAGAAGCUAAAUAUCCUAAAUUGAGAAGCAGGAGAAGGGCAUUGCUACGUAAAAACCGUAACGAAAAAACCGAAGAUUACAAAAAAUACGUUAAAAAAUCGCUCAAUAAACUCUCUAUGUUAGAAAGUAAACUUCAAGAUAAAGGAAUUAGUAUAAAAUUUCAACCUGUUGAUGUGCCGAACACGGAAACGUAAAAACAAUAAAGGUAUUAACUUUAUUUCAUU